UUACAAUUCCGCAUUAGAAAUUCAUCAGAUUCCGCAGGUGGAUUUAUAAUAUUCAAGUUGUAGAAUAUAGCUUACAGCAGGAAUGGCCAUCAGGUAUAAAUGGACUGACACCAGCAGCCUAACAAUGACAUGAACGACGACAUCUACAUCAAUACAUGAUUCGCCACAAUCAAAUUAUCACCUCAUUAAAAUGACUUCUUAUGCUAUUACUGGGGCUUCCAAGGGAAUCGGCCGCGAAUUUGUGCGCCAGCUCGCUGCAAACCCAGCGAAUACAGUCCUGGCCAUUGUCCGAGAUGUUACAUCAUCAGCCAUCUCUGAGCUUGCCUCAAAGCACGCUAAUAUUCACCUAAUCGCUGGAGAUGCCACUGAGCCCAACUCGAUUUUAGACGCUGCCAAAACUGCGAGCAUCAUUACCGGCGGCAAGCUCGAUGUCCUCAUACACAACUCCAACGCCGUCGAUCAGAAUACCAUGGCAUUCAACCCGACCCAAUUCCCCUUUGAUGUGGAUGCAGUGCAAAAGACCUUCGACCUGCCACUUCGUACCGCCGUCUAUGGCGGUUUAUGGACAACAAACGCAUUCUUACCGUUGAUUGAGGAAGGUAAUGAAAAGAAGAUUAUCCAUAUCUCCAGCGGCAUGGCGGACUUAAAUGUCAUCAAGACAACUGGUGUCAGCUAUGCCGUUCCUUAUUCGGUUGCUAAGGCCGGUAUGAACGUCCAAGUGGCCAAGUAUGCUGCUGAGUUGGCACCUAAGGGAGUCAAGAUUUUGGCUCUCAGCCCUGGAUGGGUAGACACGUGGGAAGGAGAAAAGCCUCCAGAGGUCGUGGUUGCGGUGGAAGCCAUGCUAAAGCAGUUUCAGAAAGCUGUUCCUGAACUUGAAGGCCAAAUUCAAGUCGACGAGAGUGUUCGAAAGCAGUUAAAGGUGAUUGACCAACUCACUAUCGAAAAGAGCGGCUCGUUCCUCAGCCAUGAAGGUAGUGAGGACUGGUGGUAAGAGGCGGCGAUGUACAGAGUUUAGGUGUAAGUGGAUUGAGAUAUAUGUUUUAUAGUCAGUGAUGCGGUCAGUGAUAUGAGUAGUUCGUAUCUAGGCCCCCCGCCGCUUAAGUAGCACUUUGCCGAGUCGAAUCCCGAUACACGACUCGCGAGCGGGACGAUCUUAACUUCUAGGGUAAGGACUUCAAUUAUAUGAACACUAUUUAUCUCGUUAUAUAUAAGUUUUUUUUUAGAUUCCUGCCACGAGUGCAUUGACGCUGCUCCGCCCUAAACUGGAAUAUCUAUGGUUAUGCUGUGGCUGAUUUUCUUCGUAAGUGUUAUAGAGUCGUGUCUAUAGCACCUACGGAAUAGAUUGCCACAGAUAAGGCUGGGGUAGAUUCAGCAGGAUGGAGCCUUGCGUUGUGUGCUACUGCACUAUACCAAUAAUUUUAAACAAU